AUGACACAUGUAGGUGAUGUAACAAAUGGAGCAAGUCUUGAAGAUUGUCAUACUAAUUUCUUUGCAUUGGCUGAUCUUAAUGGGAUCAAAUGGAGAAAAUUACAUUCAGAUACUGUAACAGUAGAUCCAUUAGAUGAUCCUAUAUUAACCUCUUACAGUAAGUGCUUGUCAGCAAGUGUACUUGCUGUAUGGAGGAGCAUAGUUACACCAAAAAAUGGCACUCCAGGUGCUGUGCGGGAACUUAAUACUUUGUCAUCUUCGAAAGAACUAUGGAUAUUUUGGUAUGGAGAGGGACCUGAUUUUUCGGAGUUUAUUUCUCCUUCUUUAUCUGAAAUGGAACAAGGCUCUUGGGAAAGUGGUUUAUCGUAUGAAUGCCGCACACUUCUCUUCAAAGCUCUGCACAACGUCAUAGAAAGACAUUUGUUAUCUCAUGGAUUCACUAGGUUAGGAGAAUACUUUGUUGAGCCCCAAGUUUUUGAUGCAACUUCCAGAAAUUGGCAACAUGUGUUUCGUCUUCAUUUCUUUAUUCAUGGAGAAAGUACUGUUUGCACAUGCAUUGAUGCAAGGUUGACAACUCCUGUAUAUGCACUGCAAAAAAGUCAUAUUCAUGCGGCUCAAUCCCAUACCAAAAAUGUAAAAGUUAUCCUCAGCCCAUAUGGAAUAGAAGGCAAAUUAACGGGUCCGUGCUUCAAGUACAGUGAUCCUAACAUGGCUCGUUUUUUAAAUCUCUGGCAUUCAUUUUACCCUCAUAUUCACAGGAAAGAUAAAUUAAAAAUGUUCUCAGGUGAUCCCAAUGUGGUUGAAGUUUUAGUUGGUGGUCUUUACAUGAAAUAUCCAGCCUCAUAUGUAUUUGUUGUUGAAGAAGAUAUUGCUAAAACUUUUCCGAGCUCUAAAGCAUCUAAUUUAAAUAGUUCUACCCUUAAGAGCACUGCAAGUCACAUUUCUCCCUCUGGUUUAUUAACCCCACCAAUGUCUCCCAUUGAAAACAGUACACUCAGAGAUAAUUCCAGAACAUCUGCAGAUCUUUUGGGCGAUUCUCAAAAUAUCCUUGAAAACAACUUUCAUAUAAAAAUUCCUAAAUUUCAUGAUUGCAUCAAGUAUUCUGUUAGUCAAGAAUGCUGUAUUUCUGUUAUUUCGGAAAAGUCAGAUGACAGUCCAACUUUAUGGGAUUUUCAAGAUCCAUCUGCUGUUAUAAAAUGUUCAUGUUGUAGCAAAAUUAGUAAAGGAAAAAGUGUUCAGUCUAGUUCAUCUGGCAAUGGAUUUUCUACUGCUAAUCAAUCAUCAGAAUCAUCUGUAAACCAUAGGAGUUUAAAAAAUGAAAAAUUCAACUCACAUUACAUGGGCAUUCCUUUUCAUCGCCAAAAACCCAAUCAAAAAGAGGAAAGAUUUCUCCAGAAUAUUUGCAUUUCAUUUCUCAGCAAAGAUUCAGAAAAACCUGAAUUAAGAAGCAGUGAAACAAAUUCUUGCACUUCUAAUUUGCCUCAGCUUCAAACACCUCUUAGCCAUAUCAAAAGUGAAUCUCUUUCAAAUGUUUCUUCUACUGACACAUUUUAUGCUUCAGUAUCUUCUUUGGAUCCGGUAAUGCCAACUUUAUCUCCUCAACCGCCAAUGAUAAAAGAAGAGAGCAAUGUUCAGUCAUAUGAAUUUUCACAAGCAAACAAUUCUAGUCCUGGUAUUGAUUCCCCCAAGUGUGUGAAUUUGAAAGGAAAAAUAUCAGAAGAGAUCCUUUCUCCUUUACAUGCAUCAUUACUAAAUAUGUUUGAAAAUGCCAAAAAUGUGUCCAAACUGUCGCCCAUUGCUGCUAAUCCAGAACCUGAUCCUGUGGAGCAAGUGGAAAGUUCUUCAUGCCCUAGAAGUAAUAAAAGCCAAAUAAUUGAGAAACCUCAGCUUCCAAAGCGGUCACACGAAGAUGACAAUCCACAAAUGACCAUGACAGGACUUUUGUAUGACUAUCAAACCUUUAAUGCACCUUUGUGGGAACCUCCACCUUUUAAAAGAAAAUGUUUCCUUGCUACACAAAAGUCUGUUCAAGUGUAUAAUGAUGAAACAGAUGAUUCAGAUGAGGAUAAUGCUUUAGAUAAUUUUGAUAGCUUUGAUGAAGCUGUGCCUUCUGCCCCUAAGGAUCCAUAUGAAUUCACUGAAUUCGAUGAAACUGCUCCAUCUGAGAGAGGAUUUCGUCAAAAAGCUGAAUCUUAUCUCAAAGAGGAAGAGAGAAUUGUGCCACCCAGUUUGCCAUCUCCAAUAGUCCCACUAUCCCCUAUACCAAAUGAUCCUGCCAUUGCUCAAGAAGCUUUGAUUUCUCAUGAUUCUGAUAAAGUGCCAUCACCAGCUGCCAUUAAAGUUCCAUCAAAGUUUAUUAGAGAGGAAGAUCUUGCAGUAUCAUUGCAUGAUUUAGAUAAUAUUUUUGAUACUUCUUCAUCUGAAGGAGAAGACAAUACUGAUCCUCCAGUUACACCCUCAAAACUGCAUCCAUUAGAUGAAUUUUCCGGAAAAAUAGAACUUUCCAGGAUGUAUCCAACGCCUCCAUCUUUAGAACAAAAUGCUGUGCCUUCUCCAUUUGGUCUUAUAAGUGGAAAUGAAAGUAAUGCUGACCAAGAUGCCAUAAGAGAGAACCAUGAAGAUAUGUUUAUGAAAAAUUUAAAUCUAGAUGAGGACAUCAGUGUUUGGAAGCCUGCUGCAUUACAGAAAUUUGUUGAAUCUCCAAAGUAUUUAUAUAUAACAGAACUGUCAUCUGUAGGAAAGAGUUCAGAUACAGACUUGGAUUUAGUGUACAAAUCUUCAUGGUUCCAGCCGUCUUCAAAAAUGAACUAUACAAAUGUUUGUGAAGAAAAUGCACAAUCAGAAACUUAUAGUGAAGUACUGAGUCGUAAGAAUGUUUUUAAGUGGUAUGCAAGAUUUCGUGAUGGUAGAGACAGCUUAGAAGAUGAUCCAAGACCAGGUCAUUCAGGUAUCAUCCAUAAAAAAUUCAUACCAGAAGGUGAAUCAGUUAAUGCUGCUUACUACUUGAGUGUUUUGAAGCGUUUAUGGGCGAGAAUUCAUCGAGUUAGACCUGAAUACCAAAACCAAGGGACAUGGUCUUUUUUGCAUGACAAUGCGCCAGCACACAAAAUCUUGAUGGUACGUAACUUCUUGGCCCAAAAAAGUAUUGUGGUGCUUGAUCACCCUCCUUAUUCCCCUGAUUUGGCUCCAGCAGAUUUCUGGUUGUUUCCCAAAUUGAAAUUGGCAAUGAAAGGCAAACAUUUUGUCACAGUUUCAGAUAUUCAGGCAGCUACGACAGCGAAAUUGGGGGCAAUUCCAAAAGAUGGUCAACAGCAAGUAUAUGGAACUUUCGAUGAAGAGAGAGUUUGCCAUACAAUUUAUCAAUCAGAAAGUGCUUUGGACUCGCAAUUUACACUAUCUAACUGUGAUUCUGUUUCAUCUGUAUCAAGCCUGCCUUCAUAUUUGAAUAAAAGUAAUAAUUCUACAGAUUCCAAUUAUUCUCGCCCAGUUUUAGAGGCUCACGCUCUUCUUGUGAAUCUAAUCCUAUCUGAUUCUAUGCUCAAUACCUUUAAGGACCAUAACUUUGAUUCGUGUUGCUUAUGUGUGUGCAAUAUGAAUAUAAAGGGCUCUGAUGCAGGCAAUAUUCUUCCUAGUUUUUUAAUUCCUAAUGGAAAUGAUGAGCCUCAGUAUAAGUGCACUUGUGGUUUUAGUGCUGUAACACAUCGCCAUAGAAGUUUUAAUGCUGGACUUUUCUUUGAAGAUGAAUAUGAAAUAACUGGCAUUGACUGUGAUACUAUUAAGAAUUUUAGUCAAUCAUUUUUUGAUAUUCCAAGUGAAGGUCAAUCGUCUGAAGCUCAGAAAGUGAUAUUACCACAUUCAAAUCAUGUACCAGAUUUCAUUCUUGAUCUGUUACGGAUUCAGUGCAAAAGCAUCAACUCUAGGUUUAGUUUGUUCUUCAAGUCCAGAAUGCAGAAAAAACACGAUUCUUUCACCUUCAGCAACAGCAUAGAAAUAUAUGACAGGUGUGAGAUAUUAUUCUUGGCUCUAGAAGACAGCAAAAAUUCCAUUGAUAGUCCUGCAUCAAACAGAUUAGAUGAAGCUUUGAAAUCUACCAGUCUUCACAAGUGGCCUUAUGUCUCUAGUCCCUUGCCUUCUACCAGUGAGGAUAUAAUGUUAUUUUUAGAUUCUUUAAAACCCAUACUUCAAGCUGCUGUGCAUAAGAAAAAUACCCAACGAAUGUGGGAUAUCACAUACGUUGUUUCUGGACCCCUAACUUGGAGGGAAUUUCAUACAUUAGCUGCAAGAGGUUCAGAGGACCAAUGCGACCCUCAGCCUAUUCCAUCUUUGCUAAUGAGUCAGGACCACGAAUGCAUUGCUGUUUCCCCAUUUGCAUUAAAAUUUUGGGACAAACUGCAUUUAGAGCCUUAUUCCCUUGGAAGAGAUGUGGCUUAUAUUGUAGUUGCUCCAGAGAGUGAUUUUGUGCUUUCUCGUGUCAAAAACUUCUUUAAAGAGCUUAGUAUCAUGUAUGAGUCUCAUGGUUUUGGAAGACAUACGCCAAUUACUAAAGUAUUAAGGGAUGGCAUUAUGCGAGUAGGGAAAACUGCAGCCUCCAAGGUGGCAGAAGAACCUGUUGGAGAAUGGUUUAACAACAUUGGAGAUGGAUCUAUUUCCAAUAAAUUGAAACUGUAUGCCCGUGUAUGCCGCCAUAGACUUGCACCUCAUUUAUCAACUUUAACCCUUGACGAGAACCUUUUCAGCAGCUCUUCAAAAGUUGGAGACAAAAAUGCUGGGUUGGCAAAUCUCGUGCCUAGUUCUAUAGAAAACACUGCUGACAAACCUGCUACUCCAAAGAAUGUAGAAACUGAACUAUCUACUGACAACAUAGCCAGUUUGCAAUCUCUGUCUGAUCAAAAAGAUGGUGAUCAUUUGUCAGAACCUGCUCUAGUCAUUUAUAUUGUUGAGCCAUUUACUUUUGCCCAGUGUGAUUCAGAAGUUUAUCGUUUAGUCACAUUAGGUCUGAUGCAUUCAUAUCACGACAUGGUAGCCUGCUUACCUGAAGCCAUGAAGAAUGGUAUUCAAUUACAAAUUUUAAGUCUUGAUUCCAUUUUGUGUUUUGACGACAUUAAAAAACCAAGAAAAGAUGAAAUAAGAUCUUUAGCCUUUUCAGUUUUUGCUCAAUCACAUCAGCUACAUUCAAGUCAAUCUAAUGCAAAAUCUCUCACUGGAUUUGGUCCUGCUGCAGCUCAAGAAGGGUUCUUGAAAACUGAAAAAAGUAAAAUACAAAGGCCCCUGAAAAUCUACAAUCAACCUUUCAUACUGGCAUCGGUAAAAGACAAGCAAACUGAAUUAAAUGAAAUGUUUGGAGAUAGAAAGCAGAGUGCCAGUGUCCUGUACUGCUCUUAUUGUUUAACUAAAGACAAAAGAUUCAUUUUAGCAAGCUGUACGAAUGAUAAAGGAGAAUUUACAGAGACAAACAUUAUAAAUAUUUCCAUACCUAGCAAGAAUCAGAGAAAAUAUGCAUCUGUGCGAAAAUUUGGCCUCCAUAAGCUACUAGAUUUUAUUCUUGAAGUCAUUUCUGUAUCUGUUCAGCCGUGGAGACUUGUCAUUGAGCGAUUUGGAAGAUUAGGUCAUGGGGAGCUUAAAACAUGGGCAUGUCUUCUUAGUAGAAAGGCUAUGCAAUCUUACAGCAAAAGAUUACAAAAACUUUGCCAUCAAUGUGCAAUAUCAGAAGCACCUAGCAUUUUAUCUGCUUGCUUGGUAUCUGUAGAACCAGAUGCAGCCUUAAGGUUAAUGCCUGACCAAUUCACUCCAGAUGGAAGUUAUUCUAGCAGCAGAUCGAAAACGUGUCAUCUCAGUACUCCCGAGGAUGCAACCUGUACACAUAUCUUGGUAUUUCCUACAUCUGCCACCACCCAGCCUUCUCAAGCACAUAAAGAACAAAUGGAUCCAUUACCUGGCUUAGGGGAAGAUCUCUUUGAAGAGUUAAAUGAUGACAUAUCAGGCAUCAAUGAAAUUUUGCAAUGGUCAGAAAGUCCAGGAAGUCCUGAAAAUUCUCAUCGUGACGGGUUUUCUCAACCUUCGAGUCCAACUUCAUCAUAUCGGUUUUCCUCUACACAUCAUGGCGAAUCACAUACACAAUUAUCAAUGUGCGGUGAAAAUGUUGCAGAUACAUUAGAUGAAUCUCAGCAGUUAUUACAACAGCCUUUAGCACUAGGCUAUUAUGUGUCAACUGCCGAAACCGGAACCUUACCCAAAUGGUUUUGGUCUUCUUGUCCUCAAAUGGAAAAUAAGUUACCAGUGUUUUUAAAAUCAUCCCUACUGAUUCAUAUACCUUUUGCCCAGUAUUCUGAGGAUGUAUUACACAAUAGUCCACCACAACAAUUACAUCCAUUGGAUUCAAAUUUUACCACUGAUAUUUUGAGGUAUGUCCUGGAAGGGCAUAAUGCUCUCUCUUGGCUUGCUCUGGAUUCGAAGUAUAAUGACAGACGUUCUUGCCUUCCUAUACACAUGCAGAUGUUGAUGCAAUUAUAUGACAUCGUAGAAGCUAUUUUGUGA